AUGUCGACCACCUCCUAUGGCUAUUAUGACGAAAAGGCGGCUUUGAUCGAGGUCCUUCCUGCACCAGCAAUUGCAGCACCUCCAGCAAAACGAACCAGCCUCACCACCCGUCUGCUCCAACUGGUCGUGGCCGUCUUGGGCGCCGUUGUGCUUUUCCAGGCGCUUGCUGCCGUCUUUGGUUUUCAGUCUGCUGGUCUUCCGAGACCGUGCCACGGCAUGAAUGACCUAGUUCCUGGUUAUGGCCAACAGCUGUUCGACGAUGAUGGCCACCAUCAGCACCCGUUCCCUCCCAUUGACGACUGGAAGCCGUUCAACGGGACCACCCAUUUCGAAUUCGAGCCUUCUCAAGCCAGCGGCCUCUCCGUCAGAGGAGCACAUGUGUUUGGGAAAGUCGUCUUUGAGACCUCCAAGCUGUCCAACAAGGUCGUGAUUGAUCUGGACAUCAAAACUAACAAGGAGGACAAAGAGGGCGAGGUCACGAUCAAAGAAGACAAGGGCCAUCUCGCCAUCAACACCCCGUCCGCUGGCAAGCUCAAGACCCACACUGCCGCCACUAUCCAGAUCCCUUCCAACAUUAUCGGCGAAUUUGCUCUUCCGCGUUUCGAAGUCGAUGCCCCUCGCCACAUGGUCGAUUUCAGCCAACUGCCUGAGUCCCUGGAGAUUGGUUCCUUCAUCGUCCGACUGGGCAAGGGCUUUGUCAAGCCUGGCCCAGUGCACACCAACACGACCCAAGUUUUCAUCGGUCGCGGCGCGCUGCGCGGCACGCUGACCCACGCCCGCAACGAGACGAAUAUCGACAUCGGCCAUGGCAACGUGACACUCGACAUCCCCUCCAUUUCGGCGGGUAAUGAAGGCUCAACCCACAUUAAAAUCGGCAACGGCCAUGUGAACGGCACCCUGGCGGUCUACAACGCGACCCACAUCAACAUCGGCAGCGGCGCCAUCUACAUCAAUGCAGCCUUCAAGUCGGCCCCGUCGCGAGCCACGCUCUCGACCCGCAUCGCCUCCGGCAAUUCGCGCGUCUUUGUCGACUCAAUUGCCGCGAAUCGCCUUUUCGAAGCGUUCCACAGCUCGGCCGUUGGGGACCAACUCAUCACUUAUCCCGCAAAUUUCCAGGGCACGGUCGACGCACGCGGUAUCGUCGGGGACAUCAAGCUCGAGGGUAAGGACCUGGCCGUGGAGAAAGUCAUCGGCGGCAUGGUGGGCCGACAGGGUGACAGCGAGAGAAACUCGGUCAGCGUCAAGACGGCCAAAGGCAAGUUGGACAUUCUCGUCGGGGACGAGCCGACGGCGGAGUGGAGCCGCAACUACUGA